AUGUCGGACGACGAGGAAGACGUGAUCGUAUUGCAGGUUUGCGCCAACAAGCAGUGUUUGGGCAUCGAGGACCUGGAGUUCGAUGAGGAGAGCGGCGAGCUGUACUGUGCGAGCUGUCGUAAAUUAUACGCACGCGCGGAGAAAGAGGGUUUCCGGCUUCUCCUGAACGCUGAAGAUAAGCCGUUGGUGGAGAUGGUCUUCAAAUGCUUCGACGGGGGCAAGGGCUACUGGAACUAUAAGGACUUUGUGCGCUUCUAUGAACACACCGGGCAUUCUAGCGAAACCGACAUCGACAGUCAUGAGAGACUUCAAGAUUUUUUUAAAGAGGAGUACGACAUCGAAAUCACCCUUGGUGCGACAGGAGAGUACGUUGUUCAGCAGGAAAACCUUGCGGACAUGUAUGGCGGUUAUCUGUAUAAUAAUAUUAAUGCACUUCAUGCUGACUGUGAUACGUUGGAAGAUGCUGGAAUGAUCAACACGGCAGUUCUGGAGUAA